AUACAGACUGCUUCUACAAACAUUUGUGAAAGAAUGGGUCACUCUCAGGAGCUCAGUGAAUUCAAGCGUGGUACCACGAUAGGUUGCCACCUGUGCAAUAAGUCCAUCCAUGGAAUUUCCUUGCUACUAAAUAUUCCACGGCCAACUGUUAGUGGUAUUAUAACAAAGUGGAAGAAAAUGCGGACAACAACACCUCAGCCACGAAAUGAGUGGGGUCAGUUCAUGCUGGAGCACACAGUACGCAGAAGUCGCCAACUGUCUGAAGAGUCAAUAGCUAAAGACCUCCAAACUUCAUGUGGCCUUCAGAUUAGCACAACAGCAGUACGUAGAGAGCUUCAUGGAAUGGGUUUCCAUGGCUGA